AUGACAAGAAGCCACAGAAAAAUUGGUGUAUUUGAAUAUGAUAGCGACGAAUUUGCAACAACAGAGGAAAGAAAAGAAUCAAGAAAAGCCUUCAGAAAGAAUGUGAGGAAUGUUUUUGGUCAAACAGGAAAAGCAGUUGUGGUGGAUUUAGAUGUUCCUAAACGUUCUAAAAGAAGAUGGAAUAAAGGAACGUUUACGGAAAGUCAAAUGAUGAAUUCAUUGGAUCUAGCUCAAAAAUUCAGAGAAUUGGAUGAAUUUGAACAAGUACAAGAGGAAUGCAAAGAAAAUUUGAAACAAAAGGUUAGAUCUAAAAUGUUUGAGGAGUUUUGUGAAAGGAAAUCACCAAAAGUUGUAAAAAGGAUAUUGAAAAAAUUGGAAAGAGAAGGGAAGGAUACAAUUUAUGAUGACAUGAGCACUGACAGUGAAACUGAAAGACAAGUCGAAAGAUGGGUUCAAGAUAACAUUAAUUCUGAUAUUAAAGAAACUAGGAAAUAUAUUGAAAAUGAAAGUCUCAACUCAUUUUCACUAUUCAGACAAAGAAAGCAAAAGUAA